AUGGCCACAUUUCGCAAACUAAUUGUAGAAGUCGCCGACGCACGUAAUCUUCUACCGAAAGACGGACAUGGAACAUCAAGCCCUUACGUAGUUCUUGACUUUUACGGGCAGCGAAAGAAAACAAGAACCAUGAUUCGCGAUUUGAAUCCAGUAUGGAGCAAAACGCUUGAGUUUAAUGUUGGCAAACCCUCGGAUGUGUUCGGUGACAUGCUCGAGCUCGAUGUUUAUCAUGACAAAAACGUUGGACCGACGACGAGGGAUAAUUUUCUGGGAAGAGUUCGAUUGAGUUCGAGACAGUUUGUGAGGAAAGGUGAAGAGGCUUUGAUCUAUUAUCCUUUGGAGAAGAAAAAAUUGUUUAGUUGGAUUCAAGGGGAGAUUGGUUUGAAGAUUUAUUUUGUUGAUGAGAUUGUGCCACCCCCAGCACCACCACCGCCGCCGCAAACGCCACCACCAGAAGCAAACGCAGCACCGUCACCUGAGCCACCAGCAUUACCUGCAGAUGCUGAAGCGGCACCAGCAGCAUCUAGCCCGCCACCAAGUGGGGAAGCAACUACUGGUACUGAUGCUGGAAAGUCUGAUCCUCCGGCGGAAACCACGGCGGAACCACCAGUGGAAAAUGCAAAACCCAAGGAAGAGCCACCACCAGCUGAAGCUGCACCACAACCGGAAAAUGCCACUCCUGAAGCUGAAAAACAGCCAGAAUCAGCCGACCCACCCCCCGAAGGACGUGUUGAUCCAGUGGAACCAACCCCACAAGAACCAAUACAACUGGGUCCGGAUCAGGUGAUGGCAUCCAUAGCCUCAGCAUCAAUACCUGAAAUCAAAGUCAAUAGUUUUAGCGGUCCUCAGCCAAUCGGCCGAGCUGCAUCAGUUGCCAGCUUCUCAUCCGAUAUGUCCGAUAGGAUUCUGAUCGAACGGUCCUCAUUCGAUCUUGUCGAGAAAAUGCACUACCUCUUCAUCCGUGUAGUAAAAGCCCGAUCGCUUCCAACCACCGGCAGUCCGGUGAUCAAGAUUGCAGUUUCCGGCAGCCACGUCGUAUCAAAGCCUGCUCGGAGAAACAAUUUUUUUGAGUGGGACCAGACAUUUGCUUUCGGUCGUGAUGCACCAGAUUCUUCCUCAAUCCUAGAAGUCUCAGUAUGGGACCCACAGGGUUUAAUGCCCGUAAGCCCCAAAUCCGACGUGGCAGGGAAUAACUUCUUAGGUGGGAUAUGCUUCGACGCUACUGAGAUCCCACUGCGGGACCCACCAGAUAGUCCCUUGGCCCCACAAUGGUAUAGGCUGGAAGGCGGUGGAGCCCACAAAGGCGAUCUCAUGCUGGCCACGUGGGUCGGAACCCAAGCUGACGAAUCAUUUCCCGACGCGUGGAAGACAGACACAGCCGGUAAUCCCGGUUCCAGGUCAAAAGUCUACCAAUCACCAAAACUGUGGUAUUUAAGAUCCACGGUGAUCGAAGCACAGGACAUAUUGCCGUUAACGCUGUCAAAAGAAUCGUCAUUCCACGUCAAAGCCCAGUUGGGAUUUCAAGUCCAAAAGACCAAAUCCGCGGUUACAAGUAACGGAGCUCCGUCAUGGAACGAAGACCUCUUAUUUGUAGCUGCUGAGCCAUUCGAUGGCCACAGCCUAAUGUUCUUCUUAAUAGAAAACCGGCAACUGAAAGGACCGGUCGUUGUGGGCGUUGCUAACAUACCACUCACCUCCAUUGAACGCCGUGUUGAUGAUCGCAAUGUGGUGUCUAGAUGGUUCACAUUUGAAGGCCCAAAUGAAGAAAAGAGAGUGUCCAAGGGUAGGGUCCACCUAAGAUUAUGUUUCGACGGUGGAUAUCACGUGAUGGACGAGGCGGCCCACGUGUGUAGCGAUUAUCGUCCAACCGCAAAGCAGCUUUGGAAACCCCCAAUAGGAACGGUUGAGCUUGGGAUCAUUGGAUGCAAAAACUUACUCCCAAUGAAGACUAUCAAUGGUAAGGGGUCUACUGAUGCUUAUGCUGUGGCGAAGUAUGGUAGCAAAUGGAUUAGGACACGUAUAGUGUCUGAUACUUUGGAGCCUAAAUGGAAUGAGCAGUAUACUUGGAGAGUCUAUGAUCCGUCCACUGUGUUGACUAUUGGUGUCUUUGAUAACUGGGAAGUAUUCGAAUCCAACGGUGAUAAGGAGUCCACGCGUCCUGAUUCUUGUAUAGGGAAGGUACGCAUUCGUAUAUCUACAUUGACAACUGGCAAGGUAUAUAGAAGUAUGUAUCCCUUGCUUUUGUUGUCACGUGCUGGUUUGAAGAAAAUGGGUGAAAUAGAGUUGGUUGUACGAUUCGCACAUGUAACUCCCACACUUGAUUUCUUACACGUGUACUCACAACCCGUGUUGCCCAUCAUGCACCAUAUCAAGCCACUUGAUGUGGUCCAACAAGAUAUGUUGAGGAGCACAACUGUCAAAAUCAUGGUCGCACACUUGUCACGAUCUGAGCCGCCACUUGGACGUGAGGUCGUGACAUACAUGCUCAAUGCAGAUUCGCACGUGUUCAGCAUGCGAAAGGUACGUGCCAAUUGGUUUAGAAUUAUCAAUGUAAUCGCAGGGGUGAUUGAUGUGGUACAAUGGGUGAAUGACACGCGUGCAUGGAAGAAUUCAACGGCUACGCUGCUUGUACAUGCAUUGUUUGUGAUGCUUGUGUGGUUCCCUGAUUUAAUUGUCCCCACAUUGGCAUUUUACGUGUUUACGAUUGGAGCAUGGAAUUAUAGAUUCCGGUCAAGGGAGCCAUUGCCCCACUUUGAUCCAAAAAUCUCAUUGGCUGAGUCAAUUGAUCGCGACGAGCUUGAUGAAGAAUUCGAUACAAUGCCAUGCACUAGACCUCAUGAGAUGGUACGCGCUAGGUAUGACAAGCUACGAAUGCUUGGUGCACGUGUGCAGACAGUGUUGGGUGAUUUUGCCACGCAAGGCGAACGUGUACAAGCAUUGGUGACCUGGCGUGACCCACGUGCCACUGGGAUUUUUGUUGGACUAUGUUUUGUCGUGGCAUUUAUUUUGUAUUUGGUACCGUCAAAAAUGGUGGCAAUGGCAUUUGGGUUCUAUUAUCUUCGUCAUCCUAUCUUCAGAGAUCGAAUGCCAUCACCAGCUCUGAACUUCUUCCGAAGACUACCUUCGUUGUCGGAUCGAAUGUUAUAA